AUGAAGGCCCCUAAGCAUGACGGACGGAAGGGAACGAGAUUAUGCUCCACGAUAGACAACAGUGCCAAGUGUGAGGGAAGGGACAGGGCGUGGCCUGGCGGGAACCCAGGCAGUGACCGCGAAAGAGAAAACAACCACGGCUGCCCCAACGAGUUGGAGGUAGCAAAAUGGAGGGAGAAAAAAGUUGAAAGCAAGUGGGGACGCAGCGGUGCGGAAAACGACGCAGUAAACGACGCGGAAGAAAAGCCCGCAGGGGGGCAAGAACGAAACCACGAAGCGGCAUCACUAACCGACGUGACCUCACUAACGGACGUGACAUCACUGACCGACGUGGUCGAAAGCUUCGUCGGCAUAGAUCACCAAAACCUGCCGUUCGUAAAGAGCAGCUUUGCCAGCCGCAUUAACAGCAAAAACGUAGUGCCCCUAAUAGACCUCUUCGUUCAUAACUUAUUUUUUCACUUAAAAAGCAUUGGGAAAAAUAUAGACAAUUUUUAUUUGCGCUUUCGUAAAGUUGCAUACCCCUUUCACUUCCCCUUUCGAAAUUGUGACGUGUGUGAUGAGUGCCUACUGGAUGAGAACAGGAGGAGGGGGAGGAGGGCGGCGAGAAGGAGGAAGUGCCAGAUGGGGGAGAGGUGGAAUGCAGGUGGACCGGAGCAGCAACACAAUUGGGGCAGGAAAAGUGGGAGCGAAUUUCUGCCCCAAGUUUUAAACGCCUGGUGUGAAAGGGUAAAAUGGUUGAUAACCAUUUACAAUAAGAACAGGAAGAAGCAGAAAAUGAAGGAAUACUUACAAGGGGGGGGAAGAGAAAGGGAUUCAGAAGAGGGUAGUCUUUUCUUCGAUCGGAGGAGCAGGUAUGACAUGAACGAGUGUGCCAAGGGGUUAGUGCAAAGCAUCCUUUUGGAUGAAGACAAAUGGAAAAAACUAAAACAGGUGUCCUUCUUCCCAAAGGGGAAGAAACAACAAUUGGGGAGAAAUAAAUCAGGUGAUGUAACCCAUCGGGAAGAAGACCACUUUUUACCUGACCUGUGCAGGCAAAAAGGAGAACUAUGGGAUGAAGACGUAACCGAUUUGUACUUAAUCAAUUUGGUCAAAAGAAAAAUUGAAGAUUACAUCAAAAAUGUGCAAGUGAAAAAAUUUUGGGACGUCAUAAAUGUGCAGCACUUAGCUAACUUUGACUAUAGACAUGCGGGGGGGGUAGCGGCCUCCUCCAAGGGGGUAGCGGCCACCUCCAAGGGGUUAGCGGCCACCUCAAGAGGAGUGGCUCCCCCCAGAAAGGCCAAUUACAGUGAGCCAAUAUAUGACUACAUCCAAAUCGUAAAAAAGAGUAAGUGUAAGAAGGAGGGAAAAAGCAGCCAAGUGGGAAAGGAAACGAACCACGUGGGGAAGGAAACGAACCGCGUGAUGAACCACGUGAUGAACCAAGGGAUGAACGCACGGGAAGCUGAGAGGGGAAAGACAGACAAAGAAUUCAUGAUGAAGGAUCUGUUCAACAAUACAAUUAAAAAUUAUGAAGCAAAUGAAGUUCAUUUUUUUUUAAGUAAUUACGACAACGUAUUUUUAAAGUCCAUAGGGAGGUUUUACCUUUUGCUAAAUUUUUCAAUCGAAAUUGUGGCCAUGCUGUAUGAGGACCUUGACUUAUAUUCCCUGCACAUUUUCUCCUUAGCCCAACCGUCUGACCCCCUCCUGGACGAGAUACACAACCUGAAGUUGGAGAAGUACAAAGAAAUUAUCAAAGAAGUGAUCAAGCUAACCAAGUACGUCAUUGAGAAAAAAAUCCAUUUGCAGAAACCCGUAGUUAAAUACCUCCUAGGGAUUUAUAAAAAAUACAAGAAGAAGGUCCACGUGUUGGAGAAGACCAAAGGGAGGAGGAUCUCCAAUUCAGAACAUGUAGCAGUGUUGAGAAGAGGCUUUCUUUUGCACUCGAUGAACUUUUAUUACUUUGAGUUUUUCACCAGGAAGGAUUUACAAGCAAAUUUGAGAGGGACCCACAAAUCGCGCAGUAAAAGGAAGGGGCUAAGAAUUCCGGGGCACUCUACCGGGAGAGACUUCGUCGACAAAUGGAGUAGCAACCAAAGUAAGCGCAGUAGCAACCAAAGCAAGCGCAGUAGCAACCAAAGCAAGCGCAGUAGCAACCAAAGCAAGCGCAGUAGCAACCAAAGCAAGCGCAGUAUCAAACGUAAGAGCCGAAGUGAGGGAAUUUGUCGCGGCCGAAGAUACUCUAGGGGGUGCCAACCCAAGGAUGCACCACACCAAGCGAAAGCGCACCUGUUCGUCCUCUCCUUCAACAAAAAUCAGUUGGUGAAAUCCCUAAAUGUAGAACGAAUAAGGCGCAAGCUUCGAGCCCUGGUGAGGAGCAAAAACGCAGUCUACAAAAAGGUUGUGCAGAAGGUGAGGGAACGAUGUGGACGGGAGAAAAAGAGAGAGGUGGGAACAUGUGACAAGUACUACGAUCUCUUUGUGGAUGUAUUAAGUAUUAUCAAAAGACAGGACGAAGAGAUUAGGAGUAACUUGUAUGGAAUGAUAAGAGGGGUGAGUGAGCAACUGAAUUUGUUCUACGCAAAUAUUUGCCGCUGCGCGCCAGAGGAGGCUUGGGAGCAGAGAAACGUGGAGCUCGUGAUGCAGCAGCGGUUAGGGGCGCUGCGGGGGGAGGACUCUGUCCGGCUGAGUCGGGGCGAUGGGGGCAACGCGGAGGAAGGGGGGGAAUCGGGAGAAGCGGGAGAAUCCGGAGAAUCUGGAGAAGUGGAAGAAUCGGAAGAAUCGGAAGAAUCGGAAGAAUCGGGAGAAGCGAAAGAAGCGGUGGGUGACGAUAAAGGGAGGGACAGACACGCAGGAAGGUGUGCAGGAAGCCACGCAAAAAGUUGCGAAAAAAGUUUCGAAAAAAGCUGCGCAAAAUGCCGCUGCACCAUAGACAAGAACCUACUCGACAGGAAAGAAAAACUGCGCAGUCAGUUCCACGACAUUAAGAGCUAUUACAAAGAGAAAGCGAAAAGGGUGAACUACCUGUCAUACGACGUGUCCAUUUUGAAGGAGUACCUAUGCGCGUAUGUGAAAAAAUAUUUUGGAGAUAUUAUCCUCUUAUUCGAGUACUUCUUCUGCGUGUCGAAUGGUUAUCCUCUCAUGGAUUGCGGCAACGAAGGGGGGGGAGAGAAGAAGGAGGACCUCCUGUACGAAUGGUUCGCGCUCUCCAGCGUAGACAAUUUUAAUAAUGAAGGAGAGUCCGGGGGGGACAGCCCGCACAGCAAGGAGAGGAAGUGCUCCAAGGAGGGGAAGUGCUCCAAGGAGGGGAAGCGCUCCAAGGAGAGGAGGCACUCCAGGGAGAGGAAGCACUCCAGGGAGAGGAAGCACUCCAAGGAGAGGAAGCACUCCAAGGAGAGGAAGCGCCCCGAACAGUAUGCAAACUACCUCCUUCUUAAAAGACUGAAAUUUUUUGCGAAGAAUGACAUAAUACAAUUCGUGAGCAAAAAUAUCAACUGCGCUCAGAAUCAGGUGUUGCUAAAAAUAGGCAGCGUGAAAAAGGCUCUCUGCUUUUUGCAUGCACUGCUGAAAACGCAGAGCAGUAGCAACGAGUUGUUCAUUUACAAGGUCCUGCUCAGUUUGGUUGUAAAGUAUGGAGAAUAUUGCCAGAGGAAGGAGAUGAAGAGAAGUGAAUCAACAGCGGGGGGAAGUCAGGCCAGUCAGGGAAGUCUGAGAAGUCAGGGAAGUCUGGGAAGUCUGAGAAGUCAGGUCAGUCAGGGAAGCCAGGUCAGUCCGCUCGCAAGCCCCUACUCGGAGGAGUACCUCCUUGAGAGACGCUUCCUACAGCAGAAAAGGAGAAAAAAUUUUUUGUCAAAGUUUGGGUUAGAUUGUAUGAAUAUCCCUGGUGAUGUUACUUCCUUUUUAAAGCACAUCAUUCAGGGUUACAGUGCGGACCGCACAGGGAAGGUCCCUUGUGGGAAGUCCGCUAGAGCGAAUGAGAACACCAUCGAUGUUUAUACCUCCUGCUUGUACAAUAUGUCCAGCUGUGGUAAGGAUGACACCAAUGUGAGUUCUGUUUUGCAAAAAAUUCUAAAAAAAACAAAAAAAAAUUCUUGCGUCGCUCAAAAUAAGGCAAAAAUACUUUCGGGGAGAGACACACAGAAGCAGGAAGACCUCCCCUUAUCCCAUUUAGCGACUUUGUACGAAAUUAUUCAGCCCAGGAAUUUAGACAGAUAUUUGAACUUAAGGCUGUUCAUAACAAUGGAGAGGAGGAGGAAGACUAACAGGAAGAGAAAGCUCAACUGCGAUGAGGUGUGCCCCACAGGGGACCUCCAUGAGAGUAACCACGUCAUACAAAAAGGGAUAAAGCGAUACACUAUCCAUUUUGUGGAUGACAACAAGUACGUCUUUCCGUACAUUUGCAACACGUUCGACUUUGGAUCUCCGGGAGGGGGACCAGGGAACCCCAGGGGGGUGUCCGAUUCGUUAGAUGAGUGUGGUUCGUUAGAUGGGCCUGGCUCGUUAGAUGAGUGUGGUUCGUUAGACUCUCCUAACUCGCCUGGCUCGUUAGACCCGCCUGCCUCGCCUGCCCCCCCCCUGGACUACGAAGUCAUCCAGCUGAACAACAAUUUUAAGUUUUUCCAUUUCAUCGAUCCGGGGAGAAAAUACUCCUUUAGGAACUCCAUUUUGAAUUUCGUUUAUGGGUACCCUAUUGUGUGCAUAAGGAAGGACCUCCAGGAGGCGGUCUCCCCAAAUGUAGGUCUCCACAAGGGGGGAAGAAGCGGUGUACAUGCGGAAGGACCAAAGGAACACACCCAAAAAUUGUUCAGAAAAAGGAAGAGAAAGGAAUUGACACAACAUUUAAGUAACAUAGACAUAUCGAAUAACAUCCCCUUGAAAUACAUUCACCUGUCUGUCAUUGGUGAUAUAUUUAGACACCUGAAGUUGGAACACAUCCUCAGAGAUACUAUUAAAAAAUUAUAUGAAGAAAUGUUACAAUUUGUUCAGCAGAAAUUUUUGCGAUCCAACCAUACACAUCACUUGGUUAAUGUCAUGAGUUGCUUCCUCCUGUACUUUACCUCCUUCGUAGAUAUCCUACUGGGGGUUAGGGAUAACAACUACAUUAACCUUACCCAGCAUGGAGACUUUAAUUUAUUCAAUAAUUUUAGUGGGGCUUUAUUUAGAAGGCAGAAAAGGAAGCGGAGUGAAGAUGGUGGCCUGUCCAGAGGUCACAUCAGGGGGAAGGAGAGCUACGUGUAUAUGCACAAUAGGUACAGUCGAAGGAGUACUUUCCUGUGGUUGUUGUGGAGGGGGAAGCAGAAUGAGAUGGGUUCGCAGGUGGAACAUAUAUACGUAUGUCCAAAGGGGGAGACAACCUUGGGGGUUGUCCCGGGGGGUAGACUCCUGGCCCUCAUCAGCAACUAUCGCGACUUUAACUUCUCCUUCCUGAGUAACGCAAAGUUUGUGGACGAGCAAAAAGGGAAGCAGUACCUCUUCGUCACUGCCGGGGAGAAGGAGGCGGCGGAGAAGGAAGCGGCGGAGAAAGAAGCGGCGGAGCGAACCCUGCUCUUCAGACACACCAACGUCAGCGUCCACAGCGUGGAGGAGAACGUCUCGUGUGAGGACUCCCCCCCGUUUUGGGCAAGAGCGAACUUUUCCGAUGUGGCCAGAUGGGGAGACAGCGACUUGGGAUGGACCCCGAAUUUUGAGUUGGUCGAGGGGGGAGCGACAAGCAUGCGAACGAGAAGCGUGGGAAUGGCAAGCGUGGGAAUGGCAAACAUGCGAGCGACAAACAUGCGAACGACCCAUGGGGGGAGAACCCCCACCCCGGGGAACACCCACUUAUGCUCCCCACACCAAAUGAGCUGCACCCAUCAUCACGGUGAGGGUACCGAGUGGGGAAUCACGACAUCCUCCUCCUUGGUGGAACGAAUACGCCUCUCCCUAACCAUCCUGAGGGGGUACCUAAAAGAAACCCUAAAUCUGAAGAGGCACUGUCUCCUCGAUGCGUUGGAAAACUUCAAGGAGUGUAAAAGUGGAUUAGAGGACAUAAAAUUUUUGUAUCAUUUGAUCUAUCUGCUCGAGUUUGACAGGAAGGAAAGAAAAGCGCCUGACUCGGUCAUAUUCAAAAAGGUGUAUUACUUGCUGGUGGAGGCGCUGUUCGGCGGGGGGGGCUCGCUGCCGGGAGGAGGGAGGACAACCGAGGAGGGAAGGACAACCGAGGAAGGAAAGAAAAACGAAAGAGGAAGGACAAACGAGGAAGGAAAGAAAAACGAAAGAGGAAGGACAAACGAAAAAGGCAGGACAAACGAAAAAGGAAGGACAAACGAAGAAGGAAGGACGGAUGAGGGACCCCCACCUUGCGUCCCCCCCGCGGUGGACGGCGAACGGGCAGUAUCGUAUAUCUUCAACUUAGUAAAAAUCACGAGAGUAAUACAGAUGAGGAAGGAAAAUAUGAAACGGAUGUUCAAGCUGCUUCAAACGUACGUGGAUAAAUCUCCAUAUUUUUACGAAUCCAUUUUUAACAGGCUGUUUCUUUUUAUAUAUGAAGACACGAAGGAGGAGAACAAGAAAUUUCUGAGGAGACACUUGGGCAGCUACUUCAAUGGCAAGAAAAUCACCUUUCAUAUUUUGAGCCACAUCCUGCGAUCCCUCCCCGCAGGGGGGAAGCGGUUGGAGCGGCGGGAGAGGCGAGAGCGGCAAGAGAGGCGAGUCAGGCGAGAGAGGAGAGAGCUCUUCCCUAAGCAGCGGUGGCACCUUCCAUGGCACCACCCAUCUCAGCAACGGAGCGUGCUGGCCUGCGAGGAACGCGGAGCAGAGGAACGAAGAGCAGAGGAACGAAGAGUAGAGGAACGCAGGGCAGAGGAACGCAGGGCAGAGGAACGCGGAGCAUAUGGAGACAGAGCAGAGGAACACUGUGUAGACCCACCCAGCGAGUGCCUCCCCCCCCCAGAGAGCAAGCUGCCCCGGAGACAGCACCAUGCCAACCGACGCACUUUGAAAAAAAUAAAAUUCUCCAGCAUCAACGAUGAGAUAUUUAAGAAAUCCUUUCUGAUGGGGAGGAGCAUUUAUUCAAGUGACAGUUGCGACUCGAACAGGCGAAGCGUCUUCCGAGGGAAGCCUGUGGAGAGUAGGAACUACUUGGAGUACGAGAGAGAGAAGGGGAGUUAUUUCAUCCGCGGGUCGGGAAAGGAGGCAUCUACAUUGGGGGCGUCUAAGGCGUCUGAGGCGUAUGAGGCGUCUGUGGAGAAGGUCUCUAUGGGAAGUAGAACGAAGGGGAAAGGCCUCGAUAUAUUCUCCGGUGGCAGUUCCUGCUGGGCAGCUUCUCAAACGAGAGGACCCAGCAGAACGGACCACUCCAACAGGAAGGGGAAGAAAAGAGGAGAACAACUGAGAGCAGAUAUUUUAUCUCAGCAACUAUGGAAUGACGGUCUAUGGGAUGAAACGAGAAGCUUCUCCACAUCCCUGUGCACGAAUGAAGAAGUGCCCUUCGCGACGAAGAAGGGUCUGACUAAGGGUGGACGGGACUUCACACAGAGUGGAGAGAACCCACUCGGAAAGGAAUCCCUUGAGAGCUACAGCUCAAGUGAAUGCCAUCACUACGUUAAUAAUUUGUGCCUUCACUAUGGGAACAGCAGGAAUGGCCACCGAGAAAAAGGAAGGAGAUCUUCUAAAAUGGGGAACCGUUUAAACGCUAAUUGGAACAAUAAAGAGGGAGAUAUCAUUAUGAUCGGAAGCAACACCAGCGAAGGAGGCAUCUCUUUUAGCUCCACAUCCUCGUCUUAUUCAGCCUCGCAGGAGGACUCUUCAAGUGACGAGAACAGGGAGAGGAUAUGCUUCCACAUGGAUGAGCUGACUAGUAGAGGGGAACAAAAAUAUAUGAGUCUACUAAGUGCAGCAGAUUUUAAAAUGGGAAAAGGAGAGAGGAGUGAGAGAAGUGAGAGGAGUGAAAGGAGUGAGAGGAGUGAGAGGAGUGUCCAAUCGAUUGGAGACGUAAAGAGAUACUCCUUGGAGGAAGGAAUGGACGAAAAGAAACGUAGGUAUGCCAUGAACAGCAAGCAAGUGCACCGUUUGUUGACCUUCCAACAUGACAGCUCUUUUUGUUUUAUCAAAUAUAAGCCCUACCAUGAAUUUAAUGAAGAAAGGAGAGUUAAGAUAAGCAAAUACAAAGAGAAGGAGAAGAAAAAAAAAAAAAAACAAGACAUUAUGCUCAUGCCUCUGUACAUUAGCAUCGGAGGGGGAGUAGACGUAUUCUUAUUUAAGUAUUACCAAUACAUUUGCGACACCUAUGUGAAUCCCUACUUCUACCUGAACACGUACUACUUCGAGAAAUAUAUUCGUAGGAAGUAUCAGCACCGGGGGAGACGACACUCGGAGCAGCACCUAAUCCACGACCCCUUUUACUACCACUACUUGUUUUGCAGCAAGUUCGGCUGCCACGACAGCGAGAGGGCCGUUCGGGGCGCGCGCGUGGGCCCCCACGCCUACGUGAAGUUUUUUAACCGCAAGGGGGGGGGACAGUCUGCAGCGGUGGGAGGGGUUGAAGCGGUGGGAGGGGUUGAAGCGGUGGGAGGGGUUGAAGCGAUUGAAGAGGUUGAAGCGAUUGAAGAGGUUGAAGCGAUUGGGGAGGCUACAACAGCUGGAGAGGCUACAACGGCUGGUGUGGUGGACGCAACUGACAUUGCUGAUGUGCGCAUAAAGGAAGAAGUCGCCCCGGAAGAGCUGACCAGCCAAAAAGCCCCCCGAGCGAAGGAAAAAAAAAGACUCAACAGUGUAGGAGACAGGCGGAGCAAACAAGCGUCCAACGAGGUUGGAAAAGCUUCAAAAGGGUUAUCAGCUGAGAAAAAAAAAACAAAUCGAAAAUGAAUGACGAGCGAUAUGUUCGAUAACUACUUGUUGAAUUUACCCUACGUGAAUAAGUACGUUUUGGUGAGGAGUGGCAGGGGGUGCAGAGGCGACGUGGAGUAUGACGUUUUGCCUGCGAGGGGGGCGGCUCGCGGGGCGGUUAGCGGGGUGACCCUAGAAGUAACCCCAGGAGUAAUCCCAGGAGUAACCCCAGGAUGCAUCCCCCCUGGGGAGAACCGCUUCCCCGCCAGCACGGGCUACCACGACUUGGUGAGGGAGUGCUUCCUGGGGGCGGGCGGAGUGCAGCUCUCCAUGACUGUGGUCAACAUGGAGUACUGGAAAUUCGAAGACGUGAAGGAAGAAGACCCCAUCAUGAGCAAACUAAUCCCCGACAGUCUCUCCUCCUACUUUGAAACGAUUAACAAAAUAUACCAAAAGAGGAACGCAGAUAAGCACCUAGUCUUCCUCUUCGAUUUAUGUUCCCUCGAUUUGAAUGUAGACGAUUAUCUCUUCACUGUAAGCUUGACAGAAGGACUAGUGUACUUAUUUUUAAACUCGCUAGAGAUGAGGACCAUGGAUCUGUACAAGGAAAACAUACAAUCCGAGCAGUUUGACACCAGUAAGGAAAUAUACAGCUUCGAUUUUUUAUUCAUUUCGUCUACUUAUAAAGCAAAGGAGAGUAAAACGAUUCACAUCAUAGUCAACGAGCGUAUUGUGUUGUAUGACUUUCAUCUGAUUAAGAACUCGACGGAGGUUUCCACGUCCAAGGGUAGGAAGGGUUCUCGGAUGGCCGCUCCACGAGGGGGAGGGACACUCCCUGCACAAGUGCCACAUAAGGAAGAAGCGCACAGGGAGGCGUCACUAACGGAGAGCCAUCAUCUCCGAGGGGACUUCCACGAGAAUAUUCACCACAGCGCCCGCCACAGUAUCCACCAUAGCACUCACCAUAGCAGAGGAGCGUCCAUAACACAGAAGGAGAACCACUUUGUGAGAGAGUCAACCCAGAGGGGUAGUACCUUGCCAGAGUUGGGAGAAUCAUACACGCAAAAGAGGGCAAAUGAAACAGGAGGUGAGAGUCUCCUCCGCGUGGCAGAAGUAGCAACCUUGCCAUCCCCCGAGGGAGAUACUCAGAAGGAAGGUCAAAAUAAAGUGUGCCAAGUGUUUAGUGGACAGAGAAAGCUCGUCGAUGGCGGAAAGCUCAUCGAUGGCAACACGCAUGUUGAAGACCCCGGGAGGGACAUACAAAAGGCACAUGCUCAGGAAGGGGAGACUGUCACAAAGAAAAAUAUUUCAACCGAGAACGUCUAUUACAAUUUGAAGUUCCUCAAAGAAUGUCAAGAAAAUGAAAUAAAAAAGUUAAGAAGGAAAAAAUUUUUGGAUGAUGUAGAUGUAAAACUUUUUUUUACAGAAGAGUAUCUGAUUCAGAAAACGAGUUUACCAGAUCGGCUAGUUCGGGAGACGUUAAAAAAGCUAGCUGGGAGAAAGCUUCUACAAAGGAACACAUUCAAAGUUAUGAAUAAAAGGAACAACAAGACGACGCAGUUCAUUGUUUACACGACGUCGGAGUUGGAUGGUGUGGGUGACACGGAUGUCUGUGAGAGGAGAGUAAAAGAUGAGGAAGUGGAACCGUGGGAAAAGAUACCCGAGGGGGGCAGGGGAGGUAGUCCUCUCCUCCACCAGCUGCGCGACAGGGGUGACAUGGGUGAGAGGCGCGCACCCGGGGAACAGCCGGAGAGUGACAAAGAGACGCAACCCCAGGCGCACCUGCCUCGAAGACAGGGAGGAACUCGUCAUGCAGCAAGGCAACAGUCGGAACAACUCACGAGACAGAGAUCGACUCAGCAGCGAGCGAACACCCCGGACCCCUCCCCAAGGACCGACAGGAGAAGGAAGCUUCCAGUAGGACCCAGCGACCUGUCCCCCCAGAACAGCGAAGAGGACGAACCCGUGGACUUCUUCCUCGACGACGUAGUAACCGACAACGAUGAAGAAAAAGAAAUUAAAAAAAGGAAAACCUUCGAAAAUUUAAAUUUGGAAGAGAGCUACGAAUUCUACGAAAACCAUAUAUUAAAAAUAAUAACAGAUCGAAUGCAUAAAAUGAAAUCAGAGCCGGGGAGGAACACUUCCACUCCUUUGUUUUUAAUUGUGAGCAGUUUGAAUAAAAUUCUAACGGAAAGAAGAAUGAGCCAUUUGUCUCAGCCCAGUGUGCUCGCCAUUUUAAAUAUCAUGAUGAAGAAGAACAAAGUGGUGCGGGUCGGUGGCAACUGGCAGCCAACUUAG